CUGUGACGCACGCCAUGAACGAAAGUGUGUCGUUGUGCACGUUACCGGCCGUGGUGCAGCACGCCCAUCGUAUGGGAGGCCCCGUCAGCAGCCUGAGCUUUAGCCUCCCGCUGCAGGUCCUGCAGCCCAGGCCUCAUUUCUCUCUGGAUGUGAGGACUCGGUCUCCUGAAGGGCUGCUGUUCUUCGCCACCACCAGAGGAGGGCGCUCUCACUUGGCACUGUACAUGUCCAAAGGCCGGAUCAGAUUGUCUGUGGGCAAACAGAAGGAGAUCUUCAACCGGGAGAAGUACAAUGACGGAAAGUGGCACUCGGUUAUGUUCAGCUUGGAGAAGAAGAAAUUCAGGCUGGUUGUCGAUGGGAUCAGAGCUCAGGACGGUCAGAUGUCGAGCUUGGAGUUAGCGUCCAUGCAGCAGUUUGUCUCACCCGUUUACGUGGGCAGCGCCCCGGAAUCCCUCCACAAAGAGCUGAAGUCGAAAUCGCUCCCGAAGCAAAGCGUGUCCGGGUGUGUGCGCGACUUCAAGAUGAACGGGACGCCCAUGCUGAGUCCGAGCAGCAACCGCGGGGCGGGCCCCUGCUUCGAGGGCCCCACCCAGAGGGGGGCCUACUUCUCAGGGAACGGAGCGCACGUCAACAUCAAUGACUCCUUUGUGGUGGGCUCUUCCUUUGAGCUGCUGUUCAACAUCCGACCUCGGAGUCCGACCGGGCUUCUGCUUCACGUCAGCGAUGCCGGCAGGACUCGGUCCGAACCCUCCAUGGGUCAUUAUCUCAGUGUGUUCAUGCUCAGGGGAGAGGUGGUGGCGCAGGUGAACAAUGGAAAAGGAGAAUUCAUGGUGUCAGUGAACCCAAAAGCUUCCCUCUGUGAUGGACUGUUCCAUAAAAUCUCAGUAAUCAAGAGGAAGAAUGUCAUCCAGCUGUAUGUGGACACAAUGGAUAAUUAUAAGAUUGGAUCGCCAGCUUCCAUGACGACCCUGACCAAAGACCCUCUGUACGUAGGGGGAAUUCCCGAGACGCUGAUGCAGCGGGUGCUUCCCGUCACGUCGUCGUUUGUGGGCUGCAUCCAGGACAUGAAGCUCAACGGCGAGCCCGUGACCUUCGACCGGCCGUCGGGUGUGUUCGGCGGGGUCAACCUCAAAGAGUGUCCGGGCUGAGCGGAGCCGCCCCGCCGCCGAUCAAAAAAACCCAGGGACCACGUCCACCAUGUGCAAUCUGUUACUGAGACAGAGAAUGUGUUCAUCUGUAGGAGUGUGUGUGUGUGUGUGUGUGCGAUGAGGAUUGUGUUUCUAUGUGUGUGUGAAGGUGUGUGUGUGUGAGUUUAUGCUCGGUUAAAUGUGUUUGUAUUUAUUUUGUGAUAAAUUCAUGUAUCACGCCACCAUUUCUUGAAGCUGUCGUGGAGUUUGAAGUGUUGAUGUCACAGUGGAAUGAGUCUGAUCCAGCAUCAUGGACGAUCCAGCACUUUACACAAGCUAACAAUGAUCUGUAUCAGGGUGCUGUUGAUAGGGUUUUUUUUUUUAAAGUUAUUUUUUCUGUUUCUUGGACCCGAUAGGUCAUAUCACAGUAAACAUGUUUACACCCAUAGUGCUCAGUUUACUGACAUUUCAGGGGUUGUCAAGCUUUUUUAUAUUCCUAUCCACAGGACAGAAUUUUCCCCACAUUGUACCACUGUUCAUUUUCCAUUUUGCAUUCCUUUUGCAUGAGAAUGAUAUUUUUUUUUUCUCUCUUCUUUUUAAUUUUGUGUACCAGAAAGCAGCAUGUUCUGGGAUCUGGGUAUGUUUGUUUUAAUAACCACCAAAAAUGCCAAAAGCAGAAGUCACAGGUCUGGGUCGGCUACAUUCGGGACCACCACAACAAGAUAAAAAAAACAUUUUGAUUGAAAAAUUUCAGACAAAACAAAAUGUUUCUGAAAAUUGCUCGCUGCCUGUUUACUGUCCUGUUUUGUACACUCACUCGUGUCAAACAUAUAUGGUUGUGAGGAAGAAAUAGAUCUUUUUAAUUGGAUACAUGUAUACUGUACUUUCAUUCCUGUGUUGUGACUGAUUUGCGAACUGUUUUAUAACCUGUCUGAACACUGUUCUUUAUAAAGGCUUCUGUUCUCAGUAAUAAAAUUAGG